CUCCUACAAGACGGCGACGGAGUCAUCUCCAUCGCGCACCAUCCUACGCAGCAAUCUCUCACAGUAAAAGUUGACCGAUCCAAAAUCCUUUCCCACGGUAAACAAUCUCUGGGCUCGUAUCUCUGCAAGCUACACAUCUGGCGCUGCACCGCCGAUGUGUCCGCAUGCAAAAACUUCUAUGAGCCGUUGUGUGCAGUUGAUGGUGUGUAUGAAGAAUGGCGGAAGAUUGUCGUUUACAAGGAAACUAACGAGGGCCUUAUCCAGUCGUGGGCUGAGAGGGACAUUUGA